AAACAACGGGACAAAGAUGGCGACUGCUUCCACAACGGGACGCGCUACAGCCCUGAGACCACCGGACCACCUUCAGGAGCCCUUUUCCUCUCCUGGCCGUCUUGUGCACGGCUGCCAUUCUAACAAGCUGGUCAUGACAUACUGGAACCACCAAGUCAUCCUUAGUCGUCCCCGCCGCCACCGCCAGCGCCGGGCUAACAUGGUCAACAUAACCAUGGAAACUCUAUCCAUCCAGAGGUGGAUAAAAGUCCUGAAAGCCUGGACCUUACCUGAGCCGCCAGACCCUGACUCCACAUGGAUCCGCUCAAACCUGCUUGAGCUCAACGCUGCUGACUGACUUGCUGACUGACUGAUGGACAGGCCAGUAUAGACUAGUGGAGAGCAGAACACUCAGCUGGCGGGAUGCUCUCUCUUCGUUCACCCAAUCUUCCUUCCACCAAAGAUGGAUUCCAUAGUCUGAACACCUUUGCAAAAGGACACUCGUUUGUCAGCAGACUCAUUGCUGGAGAGGAAGAUCUGACCUUGGCCUCCUGCAGUCAGAGACAUGAGUGUGGUCAGAGAAUCACAUGGGAUCGGGUACCGGGGAGGGGUUGUGGCCACACACAGCGGCCCCACCCACUUCACAGAGGAUGCUCCACGGCCUCCGGUCCCCGGCGAGGAGGGGUCUGAUGUCGACCCUCCGGUCCAGUCCCAGACCCUCUACUUUCCCCCGUCGUCUUUGUCCUCCAAAAUGGCCGAUCUACCAAGCUACACGCCAUCCUCGUCAGCGGCGACCCCGCGUCGCCCGGACCUGGAUCUGGGCUAUGAACCCGAGGGUUCGGCCUCGCCAACGCCGCCAUACUUGAAAUGGGCCGAGUCACUUCACUCUCUUCUGGAUGACCAGGAAGGAAUCCAGCUGUUCCGUAACUUCCUGUGCCAGGAAGGGUGUGCGGACCUCCUUGACUUUUGGUUUGCCUGUUCGGGAUUCCGCAAAACCAGCCAAGACAAGAGGUCCAAGCUGGCUAAGGCUAUUUACAGGAAGUACAUUGUAGAUGGCACUGGGAUUGUUUCGCGGCAGAUCAAGCCCGCCACCAAGAGCUUCAUCAGAGACUGUGUGGUGAGGCCGCAUCCGGACCCCGCCAUGUUUGAACAGGCCCAGACAGAGAUUCAGACCACCAUGGAGGAGAAUACCUACCCGUUGUUCCUCAAGUCUGACCUCUAUCUGGAGUACACACGAACAGGAGGGGAGAGCCCCAAACCUAAUCCCAGCGACCAGAGCCCUUCGUCGGGGAUGGCCAAGUCUGUCCCUGGGUACCUACCCACGCUUGCGGAGGAUGAAGAGUGGAGGUGUGGAGGAGGAGCUAAUGACGAGGAGCAGGAGGACGAGAGUGAGUGUGGGGACACGCCUGCAGGGAGGCUGACUCAGCGUCUGCUGAUGGAGACGGUGCCACAGAGAACCGUGGCCAACCGACGGAGGCCCGACGCUAGGGAGUACAGGCCAUGGAAGGAGCCGGUGAAUCCGUACUAUGUCAACAUGGGCUACGCCCGAGCACCGGUGACCAGUGCCAACGACAGCGAGCAGCAGAGCAUGUCCAGCGAUGCCGACACACUUUCUUUGACGGACAGCAGUGUAGAUGGGGUUCCUCCUUAUAGAUAUCGUAAGCAGCAUCGACGCGAGAUGCAUGAAAGUGCCAAAGCUAAUGGGCGCGUCCCCCUACCUCAUAUACCUCGCACGUACCGCGUGCCAAAAGACAUCCACGUGGAGCCCGAGAGGUUUGCAGCGGAUCUCAUUAGCAGACUGGAGACGGUUCUGAGGGAGAGGGAGGCCCAGGAGAGACUCGAGGAGAGGCUGAAGAGAGUCCGGCUGGAAGAGGAAGGUGACGACGCGGACGUCUCGGUGGCGGCCUCCAUCUCCUCCCACAGCAUACCACUGGCCCUGUCCGCCGCCUUCCCGCCCCUGUACGGCGCCCGCUACUCGGAAACCUCCACCGCCAACACGGCGGCCGCCACCUACGGCGGGCUGGUGGCCAUGGAGGACGCCAACGACGACGACCCCGAGUCCAUCCUGGACGACCACGUGCAGCGCGUCAUGAAGACGCCGGGCUGCCAGUCGCCGGGUGCGACUAACUCGAACUCGGUCGGAGGCGGGCGGCACUCGCCUCCCAAGUCGUCGCGGUCGCCCGACGGGGGCAUCGCCCCGCCCUCCCACUACCCGCCCUCCCACUACCCGCCACACCGGGUCGGAGGUCACGGGGUGCCGCCCGCCGCCAUGAAAGGCAUGCAUCACCACAAGCAGCUGUACCACCACAGGGGCCAGGAGGAGAUGGGCUCCAGGCCCCAGGGCAACUUCUCCUGGAACGGAGAGCCUGCCAGCCAGUACGCCGGCAGGGGGCGUAACUAUGCCGACGGCGCUGGAGCUAGCACGCUGGACGGCAUGGGCUACAGCAGUAAAGGUAGCACGCUUUCGCGGCGGAGCGUCAAGAAGGCAGAAAUCUCUGGCAAAGGGGAGGAGAACGGCCGGGGCUCGGACUCUCAGGUGCCUACGGACGACCUGGAGAGGAACCAGAAGAUCCUGCAGUGGAUGAUGGAGGGAGAGGCGCUCAGACACAAGAAGAACAGCGGCAGCACCAGUGGCUCCAGGCGGACGGUGGGCAGCAACGAGCCCCCGCGGCCCACCUCGGUGGAGCGCCCCGGGGCCGUCCACCCCUGGGUCUCGGCCCAGCUGCGCAACAACCCGUCGUCGGCGUCCACAUCUAUGCCGUGCCCCGCCUCUGCCCAGGUGCAGCCCUCCCACCCCUUCAUCCAGGACCCCGCCAUGCCCCCCAACCCUGCCCCUAACCCCCUCACCCAGCUGGAGGAGGCCAGGCGCCGGUUGGAGGAGGAGCGCCGGAGGAACGCAAUACAGCAGGCCAAACAGAGGCACAAGUCUGGCAAGCGGCAGGUGUGUGAGAACAUAACGGUUGCGUACUACUUCUGUGGAGAGCCCAUCCCCUAUCGGACGUCGGUCAAAGGUCGCGUGGUGACUCUCGGCCAGUUCAAGGAGCUGCUAACUAAAAAGGGCCAUUACAGGUUCUACUUCAAGAAGGUGAGCGAUGAGUUCGACUGCGGCGUGGUCUUCGAGGAGGUGCGCGAGGAGGACGCCAUUUUGCCCAUCUUCGAGGAGAAGAUCAUCGGGAAAGUGGAGAAGAUAGACUGACAGAUGGGUGGUGCCAGGUCGCUUGGAAACAGGGAGAGAAGGAUGCAAAUGUGGGUCCAGGGAGAGGUUAUGAGGAUGACGGCAGACUUUUGAUAUCAAGAUUCUGCGGGACGACGGAUAAGGAAUGAAUACGAGUGGAACGAUGGAGGGUGGAAUGUGAUGAAUGGAGAAUGUGGGUUGAGCAGGUAGGGAACUAGGCCUCGAGAGUCAUUUGAGGGGGAGGGGGGGGAUUCAGUGCAGUCAAGUCUCGAGGUCCUAGUUUGAGGGAAGGUCGAAAGGUCUUACAAGGAGAUGAUGUUGACGAGGGCGGAGUUGACGAAGGGUUAUGGAUUUAUCAGGCGUUGGUCUCCGUCGGAGAUGCCGGGUAAUAUGCCUGAGUUAACCGGAUUCCCACUGCUUUUGGGGUGUGCGGCGGGGACGAGGGAACGGCUGGAAGGAGGUGGGAACCAGUCUUCCACUUCCAUCGCUCUGGAGGGAGUACCUCCUCGCCUCUGCAUACCAUUACGAUGCUGCUACAUUACCACAGAAACUCUUGGUGCUUGGGUCGGCAGAGAAUGCAGCUACGUUUCUACCUGGAGUCUCGCCGCCUUCCGUACGGUUCCUGAUCAGUUGUGUUUUCUUUUUACCCCCCGCCCCCCUACAAAAGGCAGGAGUCAUGUUUAUCUUUCCUUCUCGGAAAUAUAUCUUUAGCGUGCGUCUCCAGCACAGGAAAACUUGACACAGGAACAUGCGCCCCUUCUGAGUCCUAGAUGUCAUGUUCUGAUAAGAUCACACUAUUCUGAUGAUUGGCCAGAGUCACCACACGUGACUUGUUUACCAAAGCUAUGUAUUUUUGAUUUGGCAAGUAUCCUAACUACCUGUUUUAUUUGCAUUAUGUAUAUACAAGGCAGGUACUAUUAGGUGUUAACACAGCCUAUACAUUCUUUGUAUGUCGACGUUUAUGUUGUAUAAAUGUGUUGUGUACGUUUUAAAGGUUAGUUCUUUCAGUGCAGUCAAUUUUUUUUUUUUGGUGUCAUCCCUAUCCAUAUCGCACAGUUUUUUUUCAUGGCCAUUCUUCAAAAUCCAGUGAAAAAAUUCUCCCAUCCGACAGCCGCUCCGCUAUGAAUUGUAGCAUCUGUUUGUUUCUGGCUGGUCACGGUAUCCUUAUGUAAGACCCUACGAACAACCCGAGGCCCAUGGCCAAUGCCGUUUGUUUUUUUCUGUAUGCUUGCGCUUAUUUUUUUGGUGUGCUUUUCUUUUUUCUUUUUGUGCAUCGUGUGCGUGCACAUCUGUAUUUCGAAACCCAGCCAAAGAGCCUGUUGUGCGUCCUAAAUGCAUAAUCGUUGUCUCUCAGUGCCGUCAAAUCCGUCAGCAUCGGGUGUAAUAUUUUAACUCUAAAAAUAAGUAAAUAUAUCCUGCAUCUUUUUAAAAGUAUCAAAACAAGGUUGUACAGUCGCUCUACUCCCAGAUUAAUUAUCUUUAGAAAAUGGCCUUUCAGCCCAAAAAGACUAAAGGAGCAUCCCAGGAACAGACUGCAUUUCCUACACACCAGCUAAUGGGAGUGAAUGUAUUUUUGUGUCAUCCGGUGGUCAUUUAUUUUGUCUCUAAUGGGAUUGCAUUAUAUUUUAAUUUUUUUUUUUUCUCAAAAACAGUUGGCCAUGUUAAAUCUGUCGUAUUGUGACACACAUACUGCUCAGUGUCUACAGUGUACUCAAGAAGAGCAAAGAGAUUUUAUAUUAUGGGGAAUGUUCAUGUCAAAUUCGCCCUUGAUCAGUUUUUUUAAGGGAAAAUAUAUAUAUGGGGGGAAAAAAGACCUUGCUCCAACUCAUUAUGCCUUCAAUAUGAAAUUUAAAGUUUUAGAUAUAUAUGUUUAUACAAAAAAAGUAAGUUUAAUAAUCACCAAGCAUGUUCUUUAUGUGAUAUGUUUUCCUGAUGAUAAGUUGAAUUAUCUAUUUUAUUUUAAUGUUUCUUUUGCAGGUGGCUAGGGUCCGCUGUUGGUUAAUGUCAUUGGAUUUUUGUUCAAAAGAAUGUCCUAGGACGGAUGAAUGAAUAUUAUAAGAAUUGUUUUUGUGAUUAUUAUAAUUACUUCAGAGAUGGAAAAGCUGUCCUGUAUUGUCAACUAGUGUGAAACACAGUGCCUUUUAUAUCAUGUUACCAGUCUGGAUAAGUGGAACCAAUCCAUGGUUUUACUGUAAGCUUUUUUUUUUCAGUUAUUUUAUUUGUAGCUAGAAGCAUGCUCACUCCGAUCUGUUCCAGAUAUAUCUUCUAGUACUGUAAAUAUGUACAUUACUCAUUUCAUACGUGACUUUAAACCUGCACCACAUGCCCAUGGUGUUUCUGUUUCAGUGGUAAACGCCAAGAUGUCAUUGUUCUGGUUCUACUUGUACAUUUCUUUUGAAAAAAGGUACUUCAUAAUAAAGAUGUUGAAUGAGCUCUUGA